AUGACAGACGUGAGAAUGGGUUUGAAACAUGUCAUUUUGCAGAGGGUGCAAAAUUUGGAUACGCCCACGGAAUAUAAACGAAUAACAGAUUUUAGCAUUAGUCGAAUUUUGGGUGAAGGUGAAUCAAAGGGCUCCAUCAAAAAGGAUAUCACAACAUCAUCAUCGAUGGAUAUUUUGGAUCUUUCAAAAACCGGUAGUUCGCAGGAUUUUAUAAAAUUCCCACCCAAUGGCUUCGAAAGAAUUUCAUAUUUUCCAAACAACAUGAUAAAUCCUUAUGUGAAUCAUGCAUUGAAUUUUGCAACGUCUCAUUCUCGCCCUCAUCCUGGCUGCUGCAGUGGUGAAGUUAUUCGUCCGCGUGUUUGUAAAUACUUCAGUGCAACAACGACAACGACAAGUAGUGUACAAAAUUGUAAUGAUUGUGAUAUGUUUUAUAAGAAUUUGAAUUCCCCAAAAUAUCAUCCUUUGUAUCCAAAGGAUAGAUCAAUGGCAAAUGUUUGGUUUGGAGCUGCUGCGGCAGCUCAGUUUGUGAAUUCCCAAGACUUUGUUGAAAAUUUGUUAGUUAAUUCGGUCAGUGUGAAAAGUCAAGUGGGGAUUGUUAAUGCUGCAAAUAAUGUUGUGGGAAUAUUGUCAUCAGUGAAAGGGAUGGACAAUCAAGGAUGUGGCAAGGAUGUUGAAGAUGAAAUGAGUUUUAAAUGUACGAUCUGUGAAAAAGUUUUUGGUUGUGCGGAAACGUUGCAGUCUCAUGAAAAAACUCACAAAUCACCACGUUAUGAAUGCCUUGACUGUGGUAAAGGCUUCUCCCAAUUGCGAAAUUAUAAAUACCAUUUAUCGGUUCACCGAGGAACAAAGGAAUUCGCAGCUGAGUGUCCUGAAUGUGGGAAAACUUUCAAUGAUAAAGGAUAUCUUAGCAGUCAUAUGAAAAUUCAUAGAAAUAAAAAAGAAUAUGAGUGUCCUUAUUGCCCGAAAUCGUUCAACCAAAGAGUUGCCUUCAAUAUGCACGUUCGUAUCCAUACAGGAGUUAAACCACACAAAUGUACAGAAUGUGGCAAACGUUUCUCGAGGAAAAUGCUACUCAAACAACAUAUGAGAACGCAUAGUGGUGAAAAACCUUAUCAAUGUUCAGUUUGUGGAAAAUCUUUUGCCGAUCGCAGUAAUAUGACACUUCAUCAUCGAUUACAUUCGGGUAUCAAACCCUUCAACUGUCCUAUUUGUCCAAAGGCUUUCACGAAAAAGCACCAUUUGAAAACCCAUCUCAACUACCACACAGGUUGCAAGCCUUACGUUUGCCCACAUCCAAACUGCAAUCAAGCCUUUACACAGUCAAGCAAUAUGCGAACUCAUGCGAAAAAGUGUCAGUUUAAGCCGGCCCAGUAUCCCGUCCCCUCAACUCAGCUAUCACCAUCUAUAACUCCACCUUUACCCCCAACUCGAAUGAUGCAACAAGCAAUGGUUAUGCAACACAUACCCUUUCAAUGUUAGAGUUUAUCAAGAAGCUACUCUGUCAAAUUCUUGUAAAUAUUUCUAAAAAAAAAACCCACGUGAUGACAUUUGUGAUCUUAUCAAACAAUGUAAUUUGAAUAUCUCAGUAAUUGUAUUUUAGUUUAUAAGAAAAACAUAAAUUUAA